CAGAACUUGAGGUAAAGCCUGAGAAGAAGGACCGAUGAAGAAGUGAACUUAGUUGAUUAUGGACUGAGAUGAUCUCAAAUCAGUACGGUUGUUGAUUGUUUUAACAGUUAGGUACUUUGUGUUUAUACACUCCGGUCGUUCCUUCUGUGCUAGCUCAAGAUUUAUGGAACCAUUGAAAUGACUAAGGCAAUUAGAAUUUUUUUAUUAGUUGCGAUUGUCUGGAGCAAUUUGGAAAUUAGUGAGAGCUUAGGAUUACCAGAAGCACAUGCGUUGAAGAACGCACUGACUGGAAGAUUUAAUUUUGGUGGCGCCAAAAACAAACCACCACCAAAGCAUGACACCCCAACAUCAUUAUGCAAUUGCACUUGUGGUGAAAGGAAUGAUGAUGGUAGGAUCGUAGGUGGCAAACCCACUGGACGUAAUGAGUACCCAUGGUUAGUGGAACUAUCAUAUUUCAACAGAUUUUAUUGUGGUGGUAUGCUGAUCAAUGACCGAUACGUCUUGACUGCUGCCCAUUGUGUUAAAGGAUUUAUGUGGUUCAUGAUAAAGGUUUCCUUUGGAAAACACGAUAGAUGCAACGACACAGUCAAACCAGAAUCCAGAUUUGUUCUGAGAGCCAUCGCAGGAGCUUUCAGCUUCCUCAACUUCGAUAACGACAUCGCUCUGUUACGUCUCAGUGACAGGGUACCAAUAACGCCAAAUAUAAAACCCAUUUGUUUACCCAAAUUGGAAUCGAAAGAAAAAUCUUACGUGGGUCGAAAGGCAAUAGCUGCGGGCUGGGGAACCCUCAAAGAAGAUGGAAAGCCAAGUUGUAUACUACAGCACGUUGAGGUGCCAGUUAUGAGCAAUGAAGAAUGCCGAAGCACAAACUACUCCUCGAAGAUGAUCUCAGAUAACAUGCUGUGCGCUGGAUACCCAGAGAAGGGUGGUAGAGACUCUUGCCAGGGUGAUAGUGGAGGGCCUCUUAUUGUAGAAAGACAGGACAGCGAUCAUCGCUACGAAUUAAUUGGAGUUGUUUCUUGGGGCAACGGAUGUGCUAGACCAGGCUAUCCCGGUGUUUACACAAGGGUCACCAGGUAUUUAGACUGGAUUUUGGAAAACUCAAGUGACGGAUGCUUCUGCCAAGACUGAAAAAACGAAGGGGUUGUGAUAUUUAAAAAGUAAAAUAUAUGAUCGAUUAUUUAAUUCAAAGUUCAAUACUCUUUCUGAAAGAAGAUUAUUAUACUUGUGGCUAAAUACUUAUUUAAUAAAAUAUUUAUAUAAUUA